AUGUCUAGCUCUGUUAGUGUUAAUACAUCAGGAAUUGGUGUUGGCAACCAAUUGGACCUUGCUGACCUCCGUGAAGGGAGUACCGGCCCCAUCACGGUGAUGGUUUGCAGAAAGUGGGACGUCAUAAGUGUCAAUGGCCGCUUCAUGAGCACUGAUUAUGUCGUCAGGAGGUGUCAUUGUACCGCCCGGAAUAACAUUGCACAUUACUUCUUUGACAAGCUAAAAGAGGGUGGGGUAUAUUUACUCAAGGGUUUUGUAGUCCAACGCACCGAUCAAUACCGGAUUCUGAAAGACAACCCCUUUGUUAUCGGGUUAAAUGGCUCCACGGUAGUUAAGAAGUUUGACGAUGCCGGUAGUUCAUUUACGCGGUACCCGUUCUUACUUACGGCGUUUGAGGAGCUCGGACCAACAGAGGGCAAGUACUUUGUAGAUGUUAUCGGAUAUGUUACUGAGGUGGGGCCGCAGUCUGUGAAAUCAUCGGGUGCUCGCGCGGUUGAGUUCAAUCUAACCAACGAACGCAAUCGCCGGGUUAGAGUGACGCUGUGGGGUGAUCUCGGUGAUGUUAUGCUUAAGAAGAAGGACGAAAACCCGGCUGUCUACUGUCUAAUCCUGACUUCCAUGAGCGCAAAGUUUUACCUGGGUGUCCUUGGUUUGUCCAGUUCAUCGUCAACUAUUCUCAUUGAUUCCUCCGAGGUUCCCGCACUGCAGACUUUUAAGUCGUCUGUCAGCUGUGUUCCUAUUGGAGAUGCUAGCGAUCCAGUCACCGAGGAAGUUGUAAGUGUUGGUACUCUACAAGAGCUUGUGGACAGAGUUCGUGCUGACAAAUUCAAAAAAAAGGCCAUCCUUUUCCGGAACGUUGUAGAGAUUACGUCUAUUAGAACCAAGAACAGCUGGUAUCUUUUCACGUGUUCCGGGAGCCAAUGUCGUAGGGGACUAACAAGAGAGGGUGGUUACUUCAUUUGCAAGGCGUGCAAAUCGAAGGUUGACUAUCCAAGGACGAGGUUUCGGAUUCAAGCGGAUGUAACUGAUGGAACGAUGAGCACCGUUGUCACCCUCUUUGAUGAAGUUGUUGAGCAGUUGGUCAAGAGGACCGCAAAAUCCUUAGUAGAGGAGCAGCUAAAUAUUGUCGGCCUUGGUUUGGAUGAUACAGAUGGGAACGUUAAGUGUGUCACGUCGGAUUUGGGUGCCAUACCAUCUGACUCCCCAAAGCGUGGUUCGAGCCUCCCGCCUCCGACACCCGGAACUGGCCGCAAACUUAGAAAACUCUACCUUGAAGAAUCGGAUGACGAUGAUGAGGGGGUGUCCGUUGAUCGUGUGCAUGUUACCGGUUUGGUCGACAAUAGUGGGGAUGCUAAGAAGGGCUCUCACUGA